CGAUAAAGAUUUUGAAGAUUCAAUCAAUAAUGAUAUUGAAGGUGCCAAUAAUGAUCCCUAUUUCGAAGAACUUGAUGAAGAGUUUUUACAAAUUAGUGUUGAAGAAGUAAAUAUGGAGGUGAAUGAUGAGAAUGAGUUAGCAAUUAAUAAUUUUUUUAAUAUUAAUUCAUUUGAACAGAAUCAAAUAGAAAUAAGUGAAGAAAACUUAGCCGCUUAUUCUCAAAGAUCUAUCAAUACGGGAGACAUAAAAAGUGAAGAUAAUGAUAAUUCAUAUAGAAUGCCAUUUCAAAUUUGGCUUAAUUUGAUUGGUCUAUUGUUACGAGACUUAUAA